CCGUACCUCCAGUUAUCUGCAAUGCAGGAGGGAGAUUACACAUUUCAGCUGACUGUCACAGACUCUGCCAGGCAGCGGUCCACAGCUGAGGUCACACUGAUUGUACAGCCUGAAAAUAACAGUCCUCCAGUAGCAGUGGCUGGCCCUGACAAGGAGUUGACCUUCCCAGUAGAAAGUACUACACUGGAUGGAAGCAAAAGUCAAGAUGACCAAGGCAUUGUCUUCUAUCAUUGGGAAAACAUCAGUGGACCGAGCUCUGUACAGAUGGAAAACGACAACAAAGCGAUAGCAACUGUGACUGGUCUUCAGGUCGGUACUUACCGCUUCAGGCUGACUGUGAAAGACCAGCAAGGCUUGAGCAGCGCGUCUGUGCUCUCUGUUACUGUGAAGGAAGAAAACAACAGUCCACCCCGGGCACAUGCUGGUGGGAAGCAUGUUCUAGUGCUUCCAAAUAACUCUGUUAACUUGGAUGGCUCAAGGUCUGCUGACGACCAGGGAAUUGUGUCGUAUUUGUGGAUUCGGGAUGGUCAAAGCCCAGCAGCUGGGGAUGUGAUCCAUGGCUCAGACCACGAGGCAGUGCUGCAGCUGACUAACCUGGUGGAAGGAACUUACACUUUUCACUUAAAAGUGACAGAUGCAAAAGGAGAUUCAGAUGUUGAUUCAGCAACUGUUGAAGUGCGGCCUGAUCCCAGAAGGAGCGGCCUGGUGGAGCUGAUUCUGCAAGUAGGAGUGGGACAGCUGAGUGAACAGCAGAAGGACACCUUGGUGAGACAGCUGGCUGUGUUGCUGAAUGUUUUGGAUUCAGAUAUCAAAGUGCAGAAGAUACAGGCCUACUCAGAUAUAAGCACUUCAGUUGUGUUCUACGUGCAGAACGGGCAUCCUUCCAAAGUCAUCAAGGCCUCGGAGGUCUCACGAGCUCUGCACGUGCAGCUUUUGAAAGAGAAGGCUGACUUCCUGCUUUUUAAAGUGCUGAGGGUUGACACGGCUGCCUGUCUUUUAAAAUGCUCUGGACAUGGACGCUGUGACCCCAUAACAAAGCGCUGCAUUUGCUAUCAGCUCUGGAUGGAAAACUUGAUCCAUCGUUAUCUAACUGAUGGAGAGAGUAAUUGUGAGUGGAGUAUACUCUAUGUGACUGUGUCUGUUUUUAUUUUGAUUGUGGUCAUGGUAGGGCUUGCCUGGUUCUGCAUCUGCUGCUGCAAAAGCAGAAAGAGGACAAAGAUAAGAAAGAAAACGAAAUACACCAUCCUAGAUAACAUAGAUGAGCAGGAGAGAAUGGAGCUGCGACCCAAAUAUGGUAUAAAACACAGAAGUACAGAACACAACUCCAGCCUGAUGGUCUCUGAGUCAGAAUUUGACAGUGAUCAGGACACUAUCUUCAGCAGAGAAAAGGUUGAAAGAGAGAAUCCUAAAAUCCUUGUGAAUGGAUCCAUCAGAAAUGGAGUUUCCUUCAACUACAGCUCCAAAGACAGAUAA